CCUCAGCGACAACAGGAACGUCCACCCGCUCCAACGACACCACCACCACCACCCCCUCCCAUCCUGCCACCCACUCCCUUCCUCUCCUCCUCCUCCUCCUCCAACACCAUCACCACCAUUGCCCCGUCUGCAGCCUCACAUCUGCCUGCGCUCGUCUGCCUGCUUCCAUCGCCCGCCCGCCCUGCCUACAUACUGCGUUUCACCCAAUCGCUCAGGGUCUUGGGUCCUCCUCUACACAACCACCCCCGGCCAACCUAA